AUGGCCGGAGCUUGCUGCAAGUAUCCAGUCUCUCUGUCCGUGUUCAAGCGCUCUCUGUCGGUGGCGCCGCGGGGCUGCGGGUCCGCUCCUCGGUCCCUCCUACCGUGCUGGAGGGUAGGGGAGCGGGCCCUGCAGGAGGCCGCCCGACCUUCCAGUGCACUCAGACCCGCAUGCUUUUACCGACACACGGCCUCCUUGUGUCUCUCCUACCAGGAGUCCAUGAGUGACAGUCUGCGGACCUGCUAUCUGUAUCUGAACCAAACCAGCCGGAGUUUUGCAGCCGUGAUUCAAGCGCUGGACGGAGAGUUGAGACAUGCAGUUUGUAUAUUCUACCUGGUGCUGCGAGCGCUUGACACGGUGGAGGACGACAUGACGAUCCCUCUGGACAAGAAGGUUCCCAUGCUGAAUGAUUUCCACACCUACCUGUACCAGGAUGAUUGGUGCUUCACCGAGAGCCAUGAGAAGGACCGACAGGUUCUGGCGGAUUUCCCCACGAUAUCUUUGGAAUUCAGAAACCUCGCUAAGGAAUACAGAGACGUCAUCUCAGAUAUCUGCCACCGUAUGGGAGUAGGAAUGGCUGAAUUCCUGGAAAAGAAAGUGGGAACAAUGAAGGAGUGGGACCUGUAUUGCCAUUACGUGGCGGGGCUGGUCGGUAUCGGUCUCUCUCAGCUGUUCUCUGCGUCCCUGCUGGAAGACCCGGAGGUGGGGAGCGACACCGAGCUGGCGAACUCCAUGGGCCUGUUCCUCCAGAAGACUAACAUCAUCCGAGACUAUCUAGAGGACAUGCACGAGGCACGGGUCUUCUGGCCACAAGAGGCUUGGAGUCAGUUUGCAGGUCGUCUGGAGGACUUGGCCCAGCCCGAGAAGCUGGAGUCGGCUCUCUCCUGCCUCAACCUACUGGUCACUGAUGCUCUGCGACACGUCCCGGAUGUUAUCGCCUACCUGUCCCGCCUGCGCAACCAGACCGUCUUCAACUUCUGUGCCAUUCCACAGGUGAUGGCAAUAGCUACACUGUUGGCAUGCUACAACAACCCCAUGGUGUUCCAGGGAGUGGUGAAGAUCAGAAAGGGACAGGCGGUCACGCUCAUGAUGGAAGCCACCAGCAUGAGAGCCGUGCAGACCAUCAUCGCCCAGUACAGCCAGGAGAUUUUACAGAAGGUCUCCCACACGGACCCGUCUAGGGACAAGACCCUGUGCAUACUGGCCCUAAUCCGAGAGAAGUCCGCCCUGUCCCAGAGCAACCUCCCCACCAGGACCCCCCACCUGUCGCCCAUGUACCUGUCGGCUGCCAUGCUGCUCGCCGCUCUCAGCUGGCAGUACCUCAGCACCACUGAAGCACAGAAACAGGUCACCGGCGACAUGCAGGGAUAGUGAACCCCAUUUAUCCUCACCUUACCCGGGGUCCAGAGACUCAGAAAGCCCCUUUUGCCCACUCUGGCGGUCCGGUUCUCCUGUGAGGAAUCUUUCCUACUUUGCCCUCAUUGCAGCUUUUUACAGAAAACAUGGACAUAUUUAGACUAAGGAGGGGUUCUGGUCGGAGGGUGGUCUCUUUAGGCUGGUUGAUGGUGUUUCUAGUAGUCCAUCCUGCAUCUGAACUAAUUAUUUACACACGUUGUGUAGUUAUAUUCACCAGCAUAAAUGGCACAUUGAAACAAUUCAAGCGUUUUGUUGUUUGAUGAUUAUGUUAAGUGUGUUAUUUUUGUUUAAUUUGUAACAUUUUGACCCUUUUUUGAAUUAAGUGAAAUUAUUCAGCAUAUUUGAACAGACAGAAAACAGUAGUUUCAUUUUCCCCAUUAAGUGGUGAUAUGCCAUUACUUGACUCUUUAGGAUUCGAGGGAACCGUCACCAAACUCCAUUAAGUCUUUUUGUGUCAACUCUUAGUUUUAAAAAAUGUUUCAUGUCCAAUGAAAUGUAGUUUAAUAUUCCACUUGUUAUGUUGUCAUAAGGUGAGGUGCAGGGUAACAUGGUCAAACGUGAGGUUUGCUUGAAAAAUAGGAAGAGUUUUAUUUUUCAGCCUUCAUAAAAAAGAAAAGAAACAAAGAAACAAAACGUUCUUCAGUCGGCUCCCAACAGAACUGGUGCUGCUCUUUCAACAAAUCUCCCCUCAUUCCAGUCACAUAGCAAUAGAGCCCGCCUUCCCAGUUCAAACUGGCCAAUCAGGUCAGUACUCUAGAAUAGAGAGUUGACAAGGUUGAAACAAAUAUGCAUUGCUUUUCUUAACUUAAUUUAUACCAACAAGGCCUCAAUUCAUUCUUCAACAUGUUAACAUAAAUACAGUAGCUUCAAAAUAAACACAUUAUUAGUA